AUGGCAUCCAAAGGCGCUGUCUUGCCUCUGCUGAGGCGUGAGCUGCGAUCAUCUGUCCGAUUUGCUCGUGCGAACCCCUCCACCGUGCUCGCCUCUCCCUCCCGCCAUAUUUCGACCUCCAGUCGCCGAUUAACCCCCCGGGCGGCUCCCUUCAAUGUUCCGACCCAGACUCGCGCUUUCUCGAAUUCAUUAGGGCGGCGACUCACCGACGAAAAUGGCGAUUUCGAUCCUCGGACCGUGGAGCGAGAGUCUGACGAGGUGGAUGUGUGCAUUGUUGGCGGUGGUCCCGCCGGUCUCGCCGCUGCAAUUAAGCUGAAGCAGCUCGCAAAUGAAGCCGGCAAUGAGGAAUUUCGAGUCAUUUUGCUAGAGAAGGCUGGUGAGCUCGGCGCUCAUAUAGUUUCCGGAAAUGUUCUCCAACCCACGGCCAUGAACGAGCUCUUCCCGGACUGGCUGGCCGAAGACAAUCCUUCGCGCUUUGAGGGUGCCACCCCCGCCAAGGGCGACAAGAUGCGCUUCCUUACUGAGACUGGAUCCUACCCCCUCCCAGCUCCCCCCACAGAUGAACAACCACGGAAACUACAUUUAAAAGGGGUUGCGACCAAUGACCUGGGACUGGACCGACAGGGCAAGCCCAAGGAUACCUUUGAGCGUGGAAUGGAGUUUCACGCGAGGGUUACUCUUCUCGCCGAGGGUUGUCAUGGGAGCUUGACCAAGCAGGUGAUCAAGAAAUAUGAUCUGCGCCGGGACAGUCAGCCUCAAACAUACGCACUCGGUAUUAAGGAGAUCUGGGAGAUUCAGCCAGAGAAGUUCAAGUCUGGUGAGAUUGUCCACUCAAUGGGUUAUCCGCUCCCCAGGGAUACUUACGGUGGCGCUUGGAUGUACCACUUCGGCGACAACAUGGUGAGCAUUGGUCUAGUGGUAGGAUUAGAUUACCCCAACCCAUGGCUCUCUCCAUAUGGAGAAUUUCAAAAGUUAAAGCACCACCCUCUGUUUAAGGAGGUUUUGGAGGGCGGGAAAUGUAUCUCCUAUGGUGCUCGUGCUCUGAAUGAGGGUGGUUUCCAAUCCAUUCCCAAGUGCGCAUUCCCCGGCGGUGCUCUUAUUGGCGAUACGGCUGGCUUCCUUAAUGUCCCCAAGAUCAAGGGUACCCAUACAGCCAUGAAGUCAGGUAUGCUAGCUGCCGAGGCCGCAUUCUCUGCGCUUCAGGGCGAGGGAGACAGCGGCACCGUGUUCUUGUUUGACUACGAGAAGGCGCUGCGUGAUUCAUCCAUCUGGAAAGAGCUGAAGGAAGUACGCAAUAUUCGACCGUCUUUCAAUAGCCCGCUUGGUUUCUUCGGUGGCCUGUUGUACUCUGGCCUGGAAGCAUACAUCUUCCGUGGCCGUGUGCCCUGGACUCUCAACCACCACGGCACCGACUCCGGAGCUACCAAGCCUGCUUCACAGUACAACAAGAUCGAAUACCCCAAGCCAGAUGGAGAGAUCAGCUUUGAUAUCCUGACCAGUGUGAGUCGCACUGGUACUAAUCAUGAGGAGGACCAACCCGUCCACUUGCAGGUGGAGGACUGGGACAAGCACAAGGACCUGGCAUGGCCUGUCUACAAGGGGAUUGAGAACCGUUUCUGUCCCGCCGGUGUGUACGAAUACGUCGAGGAUUCAAGCAAGCAGCACGGCGUGCGAUUCCAAAUCAACGCACAAAACUGCAUCCACUGUAAGACUUGUGACAUCAAGGUGCCCACCCAGGACAUCAACUGGCAAACUCCUCAAGGCGGAGAAGGUCCCAAAUAUGUUUUGACUUAA